GGGAUGCUGGCUGCGUGACGUCACCGCGGGUGGUGCAGGACAGAAGCUUGUGAGCGGCGGACGCAGCACAAACCGAGAAGAUGGGAAACGUUCAACCUACAGUUCUUCCCUAUGAGGACUUUGAUGUGGUGUCAGAUAUCAAGGAGAUUCGCAAAGCCUGCAAAGGAAUGGGUACUGAUGAGGAGACCAUCAUCUCCAUCCUAGCUAACCGCUCCUCAGCCCAGCGUCUGGAGAUCAAACAAGCCUACUAUGAGAAAUACGAUGAUCAGGAGUUGGAGGAGGUGCUAAAGAGCGAGCUGACAGGAAGCUUCGAGAAAGCCAUCGUCGCCAUGUUGGACCCACCUCACAUCUACGCCACUAAAGAGCUGCGGCGCGCCAUGAAGGGCGCCGGCACCGACGAGGACAUUCUGGUGGAGAUUCUGUGCACAAGCUCCAAUCAGGAAAUUCUGAAUAUUAAAGAAGCGUACGCUGAAGUACACGGCCGUGAUCUGGAAGCGGACAUCGAAGACGACACCAGCGGAGACGUCAGGAACUUGUUGAUUUCACUCCUGCAGGCGAUCAGGGACGAGGGGUUUGAAGUGGACGAGGAGUUGGCUGAGCAGGACGCCAAUGCACUGAUUGAGGCAGGAGAGGGUUGCUUCGGGACGGACGAGUCCACCUUCACCCACAUCCUCACCCACAGGAACUACCUGCAGCUACAGGCCACCUUCAAGUAUUACGAAUCAGCAUCUGGAACCGACAUCCUUGAUUCCAUCGACAACGAGGCUACCGGGACGUUAAAGGACUGCUACAUUACUCUGGUUCGAUGUGCCAAAAACCCGCAGCUCUACUUCGCCCGUCGCCUGAACGCAGCGAUGGCGGGCGCAGGGACAGAAGAGGACACCCUCAUCCGCAUCAUAGUGGGCCGCUCCGAGGUGGAUCUGGAGACUGUGAAGGACAUGUACCUGGAGAAGUACGACGUGACGCUGAAGGAUGCACUGGACUCAGACUGCGGGGGGGAUUUCAAGCGCCUCUUGCUGGCCGUUCUGCACUAAGGGUGGCGAAAGAGUCCCGAACUAAACCUCCAAUCAGGAAGAACCUUCUCACCAACACUGCCUGUAGAAACCUGUACCGAUUUUAACCUGUCAUCGAAUGAUUUUAACUUACAUAAUCGAUGUCCCCUGGCCUAAAUCCCUGCUCCCCUGUGUUGACAGAUGGAAACGUUCCAGAGUUGUUCCACUUAGUCUUUUCAGUCUGGGUUUUUUUCCAUGGGCACAGUCAGGUGUUUUAGUAAGGUAAAUAGAAAUCCAUCAGUCGAGUUCCUUUUUAAUGUUUCCUAUUUUAAUGGUACAGAUUAUAAACCAUAUAUAACAGAGCUUUUAGUAUUUGGAACAGCACUAAGCUUUUACAUACUGCUUACUUGUCCUUUUUCAAUGGUUAGUAUUUAAGAGGAACAUUGUUUCAGGCGGUUAUCUAAAGGAAUGUUAAUAUAAUCUGAAAUGCUAUGCAGAAGAAUAGUUAGUGCUUGUGGAACUGAUAAAAAGCUGCUAUUUAUCCAGAGAAGAGCUUUAUUGUAGUCUAAUAUAUCACUGACUGUACACUGUUGAGCUGCUGAUGUUGAUGUGAUUAAUCUGAAUACAAACAAAAAUAUGGGACCAAUGUGCAAACAAAUCUGUGUUUAUGUGCAUUAAAAUAAUAAUAAAACGGCAUCAAAUGAG